CAUAAUUAUAUUUCUGGUUUUUCAGUGAGCCAAGAUGACGAAUCCAAAGGGUUACCGCCGUGGUACACGGUACAUGUUUUCGAAGAAGUUUCGAAGAAGUGGGGUCAUCCCACUCUCCAAAUACAUGAAAGUGUAUCGCCGAGGUGACAUUGUUGACAUUAAGGGCGAUGGGGCUGUACAGAAAGGCAUGCCCUACAAGUUCUACCAUGGCAAGACAGGCCGAAUUUUCAACGUUACCCAGCAUGCUGUCGGUGUCAUUGUGAACAAGACGGUUGGGAAUCGUAUCAUCGCCAAACGUAUCAAUGUGAGAAUUGAGCAUGUGAAGCACUCCAACUGCCGUCUGGAUUUCUUGAGGAGGGUGAAAGAGAACGAGGAUAAGAAGCGUGAAGCCAGUGAGAAGGGGAUCUCUGUGAACUGCAAGAGACAGCCUGCACAACCAAGGAAGGGCCAUUUCGUGAGAACACGCUACAACAAACCAACUGUCAUUCAGCCAAUACCUUACGAGUUCAUUGCCUAAACUCACCUUACAAUUCACUGUACAGUCUGACAAAAUAAAGUGCAGAAAGAAAA